CCUCUUUUCGUACCGCCCGUUGGGAUUAGGGGUGUGCGGCCGGCUCGUCCCGCCCCUGCCUCUGAGUGACAGGACCGUGGACAGCAACAUUUCCAGCUAGACGCGAAGUUUGUCGGCCCUUGCCUUGGCUGAGCUGAGAUUUGAAGUCUAUAUCUCAGAGGGAUGAUCUGAACAUACUCUUCAUUAUAGAGGAAAUAAGAAAAAGCAACCAAGAGCAUUGUUAUUGGUAUCUGGAAUUGAAUUUGCCAGGAAUGCAAGCGCAGCUUCCUCAGUAAAGAUCUUGCCUUUGGAAACAUCUUACCCCUUGGCAGCUCUCCAGAGUUCAGACUUGGCAGCAUCAAGGACACAACACAAGAGACUACAUGUCUAAAAUCUGUUAGUAGGAAAGCUCAUAUGAUCCAGAUGCAGCAAUGGGAAGAGAGUGGCUAAUUAUGCACUAGCAUUUAGAGUUUUAUUGGUCAAAACAAAUUUCAAAAGGGGGACUGUGAAGUGCAAUAUCGUCUCUACCUAGAGGGAGAGGAAAACUGGAAGAUAUAAAGAGGCAGAUGGUAUGAAAACUGGACUCCCUUAUUUAAAGGGAAUGUUGAUAUUUAUAACCAAGCUUAUCUCCAGCAAGAUUUGUUUUUUGCAGCUGUUCCAGGGGCAAAUAGCAAAUUACUGACAAUAAUCAUUCUCUUUUGGAAAUAUCUUCUAGAGGACCUGAUUCAGAGGGAAAUAACUCAAUCAAAAUUAAUAUAAGAAACAAUAGCUAUCAUUCUGUUGGAUACCUUUGUUAAUUGAGUCUUAGAGUUGUACUGAAGAACAUUGAUCAUAUGGAUGUGUUGCUUUUCAAAUCAGGCAUUUUGGAGAUCAAAGAUGGGUAGAAAAGAUGCCUCUACUAUAAAACUUCCUGUUGAUCAGUACAGAAAGCAAAUUGGUAAACAAGAUUAUAAAAAAACCAAACCUAUUUUACGAGCAACCAAAUUAAAAGCAGAAGCAAAGAAAACAGCAAUAGGGAUAAAGGAAGUUGGCCUCGUACUAGCAGCUAUAUUGGCCCUCCUACUGGCUUUCUAUGCUUUCUUUUAUCUCAGACUGUCCACAGACGUUGACCCUGAUCUGGAACGAGAUGAAGAUUAGCUGAACAGCAAUCAAUGCAUUAAAGGGAAAUAAUUUUAUAAAAGCAUCCCUUGGGACCAACACUUUCUAAAGUACUGAAACUGGAAUAUUGAAUUCUUUCUGCUGGUAUUUUCAGUUUUGAGAAAUAUCUUUUUAAAUAGUUGCAUAGGAUAUCAAAAAAAGAACCUUACCUAGCAAUGUAGUAUAAUGUCUGCUACCGGAUACUUUUAUAAAUCUUUCUACUUUGACAGGCAACCUAUUCAUGGUGCAUUUAGAUUAAAUGGAAAACAGAUCCUAAAUUCUUCGGAUGUCUUAGCCAAUUUAUGUGUAUAACUCCGUCACUUCAGAUUACUAAAUCUAUUUUUGUUCCGUAUACAUCGUAAGUAAAAGUAUAUAUCCUCAUUUACAGAAACAUUCUCAAAUCACAUUCAGAGCCUAAGAAGGAAUGAAAAGUCAUGGGAAAUUUUUCAUUUUACAAAGAAGCCCUGCUUUCUUUCCAGACAUAUUUUAUAUCAUUAGAGAGACUAUCUGCCAUACAUCUACAGUAAUCUUUUUCCUUCUUUGCCAACUGUUCAGCGCACAUGUGCUCCAUCAGAAAUGGCACCUGGAUGACAGAAGCUCAAAGAGUCACAUAUGUCUGUAAAAUAGAGUUCCUUUCCUCUUGGGCUGUCUGAACUGGUGUAAAUAGAAAGUUCAGUUGAUCUUGAUUUUAAUUAACUUAUUAUUGUAUUAAUAUAAACUUGGAAUUCUAUUUUAAUUAUGUUGUUCAGGCUGCUUGCAGUAUCAGUUUGCCCUUCUUGUUAGGGAGGUAUGUAACAAUCUGUCAUUUACUUGUGCAGUUUUGUUUUUUUUUUUUUUCACACAACAGUAACGGAAGUCCUACCUACUCAGAAUAAUUUUCUUGGAUUGCCUCCUAAACCUAAACAAUACAAAGUUGGUUUACAAAAUUACAUUUUGUCUCUUGAGAGUUACUCAAUUACAACUGUUUUGUGAAAAAUAAAUAAUAGAUGAAAA